CUCCUAGGCAACUGGAGAAUCCAGUUUGCCAAGUGUUCUUGUUAGCAUCUUCCUGAAGGAGAGUCAUCUUCCCAAGACAGAGCAUGCCGCAGCAAGGAGCAGGGACUAAGCUUCUAGACACACCUCAAACAGCAGAGCACCCAGAGAUGUCAUCAGCUACUUAGUUACCUAGGUGACUGUCAACAAAUGAAACUCUGGGAUGCCUGUUCAUGUGGAAUCCUCAAAGAUCUCUCCUUUUGUGAAUAUUCAUGCCAUUCCAAGACAGUGAUGGGCUGAGAGAGUGGGCAGAAAUUCAAUGGCUUCACUCAAGUCAAAUAGCCACACUUAUGUCAGAUAUAUGCGUGGGUCCUGUCUAAGCAGAAAGAUGGCUUGGCUUGCUGUAGCAUGGAUAGAAAUCUGAUCAGGAAACUGGCUCACCCCUCUCCAAAGUUGACUGAAAUUUCUGUUUUUAGAUGGAAAAUGGAAGCAUCCAUGAUCACCUGAGGGAUAACUUCUUGCCAUAACUGAAAAGAUUUCAAUCAGCUUUUGUAUCAGUGGUGGACCACCUAUCUUAUAAUUCUCUGCUGGAAUAGAAUCAGCUCCAAUCACUUUGCACAUGGGAGGAGUUUAAUGGUAUUUAAAACCUCUUCUUCAGUUGGAAGUUCAACUAGAGAGGGAUUGGCUUCAACCUGAGACCCUGCUCUGAUCACAAUGCGGCUCCCUCUGUGCGUUAAUAGGCAUUUGGACACAAGCCAUACCUAACUGAAGUGUGUAGAUGCUUAAGUGCCUAUCAAAUGAAUAAAUGAAAAAGGACCUCAUGUCUGCCAUGAAGGAGCUUACUAUUCUACUAGGAAUAGCUGUGAAUUGAGGGAGCUCAGGAUCACACCACCAUCACGGUUUAGAGCUGGAAAUCAGUCUUAAGAGGUAAGGAAACCGAGGCACAGUGGGUGCACUAAGAAGCUUGCCUCUUAUGGCAGAGAAAUUUAAGUUUCAGAAGCGGAUUUCGAAGUUAGGUCUCUGGCACACAGUACUAUAACCUGCCCUCACCUGGGACACACCCAGCGCCGUCAGGUAGCUCUAACGUGAGCAAGGAAGAGCCUGGAGUAGCUACCUUAGUCUUUGGAUCGGGUUGUGGUGGAGCCGGGCCCUAAAGACAGGAAAUCUUCCGCAGGGUGAAAGCUGGUAAAGGUGAGAGGCAGUGGGUGCACCCAGGCUGGGGGUUCCGCCGAGACUGAGUUGAGGAACGUCGCGACUCCGCCCUGUGGCUUCCCUCUGCCGCGGCUCUCUGCUUCUGCAUUUCCCUGCCUCUGAGUCCUUCCCCUUGGCUUCCCCCAAGCCCUUCGGACACGGAGCUGGGCGCCGCGUUCGCCACUGCCCGCAGUUCGCGGCCCGCUGCAAGGUGGUAAAGAGGGAAAAAAUCAAGAUUUUCCCAGUAUGUCUUCUCUUCAGUCAUUACCACUAGCUGCCUACAGUCAAGUCACAAACCAACUGCGACCACCAAGUUCAAUAAGCAGAAGCAAGCUAAUCUGUGUGGAAUUGGUGAAUUCAGCACAUACUCCUCCAUCUCGCCCCUCUGCAAGGACUAGCUGUCUCAGUCCAGUGCCUCAAGUCUCCCUUCAGUCAGAUGAACUCUCCAGGCCAGUAAUGGAUAGACACAAGGAGAGUUCCAGAUCUCAACCAAAUGGCAUGGCAGCCAUCAAAGAAAUCUUUCUGUCUUUUUUUAACUUGCCUGCAUGGAAACCACCCUUGAGUCUUAGAAAAGCGAUGUCGCAAGCUGCUGGAUGGCAGGAGCCUGCUAUGGAAUCCUGGGAGGAGAGUAGUGACGAAGACACAGAAGAGGGACUUGGCCAAUCUAACACUGAUCUUCCUGUUAGCCACGUUGAUAUUAGAGCCACAAGGCAUAAGGCUGCCUGGAUUAACCCACAAUGUUCUGCAGAGGAACCACUCCAGUUGCUGGAUUCAUCCACCCCUGUGCCCAUAUGUGAGAACAAGAAGAUCCAUCCCCAAACGAAUCUCAGUCCCUUUCCUUUGGGAUAUUCGCCUAUUUCUCCUGGUGACUCCCUCACAGAAACCCUACUGUUGGGAGAUAAUAUUGCUACAGAAGGCAGCUCCCUCGCUUGUUCAGAAGAAACAGAUAAACACUUGUCUCUAGCUUUAUCAGAACAGCAUGUUAUGCUUCCAGAGAAGCUACCACCCGCCAUUUUAACACAGUCUAAGGUUCUAACCUCCUCCCUGUUUCCUGUGGACAGCAGUGCUUCUCACAAGCCCCUCAAGCCGAUGACCCCUCCUGAAGAAGAUACUGUCCCAACCAGCAAAAAAGCUCCUCCUCAGCAUAGCUUCUCAUCAGAGACACUGAUGCUUCCUGCUGAUGUAGAAAAGGAGAAUGCACACUUUUAUGUUGCAGAUAUGCUCAUAUCUGCAGUGGAGACAAUGAAAUACAACCUCCUGAAUCAGCAGCAAGGAGAGACCUGGGAAGGAAUAGAAAUGAGUGGCUCCCUUGGAAGUGAUCAAGCUGACUUUGAUAGGGGCUUUUAUGUGCCUGGAAAGCAAAAAUCUUCAUCUGCCACUUCAUCUGACAGUGGCUACGAAGGUUGUUCUGUAUUACAAGUUAACCCAACAACUGAAAUACCGAUUCAUCCAAACAGUCUGAAGGAGUUCUGUGAAUGUGACUCUGAUGAUUUUAUCAUUGUAGAGCUGGAAGAUUUUGACAAAAUCACAGAAACUUGUAGAUGUUUACAUGACUUCAACAAAAGAUCCAUUGAUGAACCAGGUUUCAACUCAGCUGAACUGUUAGCUAAGGAGCUGUACCGAACUUUCUGCAGGAGCUUUAAGUUGGCAGAGGUUGACUUUCAUCAGGCAGGCUCUCUGCAGGCAGACAGGUCAAUAGCUGUUAAUGAAGACAGUCUUCGAAAAGACUUUGAGUCCAGUUUGGGUGUAGUUGAGGAGAUAAAGUUUAAGUCCAGGAUUAGAGGGAGUAAAGAAUGGGCUCCACCCAAAUUUGAAAUAAUAUUUAAUGUUCAUCCACCACUCAAGAGGGAUUUUGUAGUCUCCGCCCAAAACUUUUCCUGUGCUGGCUGUGGAACACCAAUAGAACGGAAGUAUAUGAAGAGACUCCGCUAUUGUGAUUAUCUGGGGAAGUAUUUCUGUGACUGCUGCCACAGUUAUGCAGAAUCUUACAUCCCUGCCCGGAUUCUCAUGAAAUGGGACUUCCACAAAUACCCUGUCAGCAAUUUUUCCAAGCAUCUCCUGGACAGCAUAUGGCAUCGACCCUUGUUCAAUUUGUUGUUCAUCAGUCAGAAUCUGUAUAACAAAGCCAAGGAACUGGAUCGAGUCAGGGAAAUCCAAGAGAAGCUUGUUCAGAUUAAGAAGCUAUUACAGACCUGCAGAUUUGCUGAAAGGAUAUUAAAAGAUUUUGAGCAGGUGCCAGGACACUUGACAAAUGAACUCCACCUGUUCUCUCUGGAUGACCUCGUCAGGAUCAAAAAGGGACACUUGGCUCCUGUUCUGAGAGGACUUUUGAAUGCCUCCCUUGUUCAUGUGGACAGCUGUGAACUAUGUCAAGGAAAUGGGUUCAUUUGUGAAUUUUGCCAAAGCACAGCUGUCAUCUUCCCAUUCCAGACAAUGAUAUGCAGAAGAUGCCCAGCUUGCAAAGCUUGCUUUCACAAGCGGUGCUUCAGGUCAGCAGACUGCCCCAAGUGCUUGCGGAUUCAAGCUCGAAAGAAGCUUUGGCAGAGUUUGCCCUCUCUGACAACUUAAAGCCAUCUAGCUGUCUACAGUUCCCCACCUACAUUAGGGAAACUAUUGUGCUUGCCUACUGCUGGUAAUGUUGUUUUAGACAUUGUGUGUUGUGUAUAAAGAAAUGAACUUGCCAAGCACUGUAUUUCUUUGUAUAUAUUUAACUUUUUUUUAAAAAAUCCAGAUACUUGGCUAUCCAAGUUGGGGCAUUGUUACUAUUAUUUAAAAAAAAAACAAGAAAGAAAAAGAAACUUAGUUUAAAAAUGAAUGUCAAGGAGAAUUUCAGAUAAUAGUGACUUUUUGCUGCUAACAAGGUUUUUUAGAGUGUUUUGAUACUUCUUAAAUUGUAUUUGGACAAUUCUAGUUUUGCUAUUUAUACAAAGUACAGUUUCAAAAUGACUGGGCCUGUUUUUUUUAAAGCAAGUUUUAAGUAUUGGGAUAAAUUGUUGUUUCUCUUCCUUAAAAACUUGAUCGUGUGAAACUGACCAGAUCCUGUACUUUCAUUAAAAUAAUUGCAACAUCA